AGCGCUUCCUGCUGGCCGCUCGUGGCUCACAGUGAGUGCGCUGAGACCCCGCGAAGCACACCUCGUCCAGUGUUGAUUAGAAGUCUGUGUCACAGUUGAGGGUGAAUUGAUUCGUGGACGAGAAGGACAAUGAUUAGAAAUUGGUGCACGGAAAUCUGAAAUAUCAAGUUAAAAUUCGUUAAUAGACUAAAGACAGUUUCUGUUAAUUUGUUCCUCCAUCAAGUUAAUUGCAGUCGAAAAAAUAUCAGAUCAAACGCACGCGGCUUUUCACUUUUCCGGGGGGCCAAACGCGACCGCACAGAGCGAAAUGCCACACACAGGUCAGGCAGGUGUGAAUCAGCUGGGCGGUGUCUUUGUGAACGGACGGCCGCUUCCGGACUGCAUCAGGAGGAGGAUCGUGGAGCUGGCCCUCAUGGGAGUGCGUCCCUGUGAUAUUUCCCGCCAAUUGCUCGUCUCUCACGGUUGCGUCUCGAAGAUCUUGACGCGUUUCUACGAGACUGGAUCAAUUAGGCCCGGAUCAAUUGGCGGCAGUAAAACAAAGCAAGUCGCAACGCCGACGGUGGUGAAGAAAAUUCUGCGCUUCAAGCAGGAAAAUCCGGGAAUGUUUGCCUGGGAGAUUAGAGAUCAAUUGCUGGCGCAGAGAAUCUGCGACCCAAACACAAUCCCUUCAGUGAGUUCAGUCAACAGGAUUCUGCGGAAUGGAGGAUUGUGGACAGACGACAUGGCGACAAAUGAUCAGAUGCUGAGGGAAGGCCAGGGAUACUUGCAGAAGAGUCCCGCCCAGUCGAUGUACGGCGCCUCGUCGCCGGUAUCGCUUCGGCGUGGGAGCACCGCUGGUGAGACCUCUGACACACCAUCCGCCGCCAGCGCAGCCCAGAGCGCCGCUCAGGCCGUCUCCGAUGGCUCCCUCUCCGCCAGAGGCACACAAAUCCCUGCCCACGUCACCCAAGCUCGAUCCCCAGCUCACCAGGCCAUCACACCCUUCCCCAAGCACUGGAUCUGGAACACGGCGGGCCUGUUCUACGCCACGGGCAGCCGUGAUCAGCUGCCGCCGCACGCAUUCCUGCCCUACGCCGCGCACUUCAACAGCCUCCCCAUCUCGCCGGCGCUGCACUUCGACACUCCCGCGGCGGAACCCAAGAGCCAGGAUACGAGCGAUGACUCGCUGGACCACGAGGACGCCAAGAGCACGCCGAGCGCGGCGAAGAAGCGCAAUCCGUACUCCAUCGAGGAGCUGCUCAAGAAGCCGGAGAAGAAGAGGCGCUUCAGCUACACCGGAAAGCCCGUCGUCAUCGCGUUGGACGACUCCUCACGCCUCUCGGCCGCCUCGUCGAGCCACUUGGCAGCGGACGAGGACGCGAUGGCCGACAAAGCGUGUCACAUUGAAGUGUGUGACUGA